AUGAAUGAACUGAGAGGGGUCAACUACACUGAGGUCACAGAAUUCAUCCUGGUUGGACUUUCCAAUCAGCUCAAAAGUCAAAUCAUCUUCUUCUGUAUCUUGCUCCAUCUCUAUCUGGGAACCAUCAUGGGAAAUAUCCUCAUCAUUCUGGUAGUGUGGAAAGAGCCUCGACUUCACACCCCAAUGUAUUUCUUCCUUUGCAAUCUGUCCUUUGUUGACCUGUGUUCCACCACCACCGCAGUGCCUCCGGCCCUUGUCAACUGCCUGAGAGACUGCCCCACUAUCACCUACAAUGACUGCUUCGCCCAAAUGACCAUCUCCCUUUUCUGGGGCAUCACUGAAUGCUGCCUAUUGGCCGUCAUGGCUUACGACCGAUUCGUCGCCAUAUCGAACCCCCUGCGUUACACGCUGAUCAUGACAAUGAGGGCUUGUUUCCAGACUGCCGCUACCAUGUGGAUAAGUAACUUCCUGUUGGCCUUAAUUCCCGUGGUCACCAUACCGGUUCGGUUUUGUGCAGGGCACAAUGUAGUGAAUCAUUUUGUAUGUGAGUUGGAAGCCGUCUUAAAGCUGGUUUGCUCGGACACCACUGUCAGUGAGAUCCUGAUGUUGAUAAACUCGAUCUUCAUCUUCCCCCUCCCCUUUCUGUUCAUCCUUCUCUCUUAUAUCCGGAUCGUGGUGGCCAUCUUGAAAAUCCCCUCCACAGCUGGGCGGAGGAAAGCUUUCUCCACCUGUGGAUCGCACCUGAUUGUGGUGACCAUCUAUUAGGGAACCCUCAUCUCCAUUUAUCUCAAACCUCAGAACAAAGACAGCAAGGACCAGGACAAAAUCAUCUCUAUAUUUUAUGGAACAGUAAUCCCCAUGAUGAACCCCCUCAUUUAUAUGUUGAGAAACAAGGAUAUGAUAGGGGCCCUGAGAAAGGCAGUUGGGAAAACCAAGCAAGUAAAGCUGUCCAUUGUGUGA